AUGGCUGUCGGUGGGGUCGGGAGCUCCCUGCUGCUGAUGUCCGGCGUCGUGGUGACCGUGGGGCUGUGCCGGAGGCUGGCCCGGCGCCGCCUGCGCUCCCGCCCGCUCCUCUUCGCUUUCCUUGUGGAGAUGUUCAGCACCUUCCAGAUUUGCGCCUGCACGAACGAGCUCAGCCUGCUCGGCAACGUGGAGCCGAAGCCGCACACCGCCCUCACCCUCACCUACGGCUUCACCGUCCUGCACGGCCUGAGCCUCGCCGGCAGCACAUGCAAUCCCUGCGGGACCCUGCAGCCCAUGUGGGGCGGCGGGACCUCGCUCAGGAUGGGGGGACUCAAGAUCGCCGCUCAGUUCGUGGCUGCGGUGCUCGCCAGAGUGUUCAUGCACUUUAUCUGGAGUCUGGAGAUGGCAGAGCCACAUCUUGGAGCACUCUCACAGGGCUGCAGCAGCCCCAUGCAGACUACAGAGAUGCAGGCGUUCUGCAUAGAACUGCUCUUUUCUGUCGUUUUCCAGCUGGCCGUCCUGCAAGCCGAAAGCGUUAAUCCCAAAUACAGAGUCCAUUUAAUUGCUCUUCUCAUCACCAUGCUCGUGUAUGCAGGUGGAAAUCUCACAGGAGCAAUAUUUAACCCAGCACUGGCAUUUUCAUUACAUGCAGAUUGUUUCUAUGACAAAUUUUUGAGUUACUCACUAGUAUAUUGGCUAGCACCAUGCUUAGGUACAAUACUUGUGGUUUUUAUAUGGGAUGAAAUCUUUCCUCGGAAAUCUUGAGACAUGAAAUCCUGAAAUUUGAGAGCACUACAUUAAAAAAUAUUUUCAACAUCUGCAGACAUAAAGCUUUCAGAGGACUGUUGACUGACUUCCGUGCCAUCUUUAUGCUGUAUUUUCAGAUUUCAUGUUUGAAAUAUUUGACUUACCACUUUGUAUUCAAAUAAUUAUUUUGUAAAUGAGUACUGGGAUUUUGGGAAUAUCUGCCACCAUUUUCAGUUAAGCCAUAUGAAUGUGAAGGACUGUUAAAAAACAAAUAUGUCACUUUAGCCAUAAGUGCCAUUUUCUGACCUUUAUUAGCAUGCAAAACUAAUUUUAGAGAAAUACCCUGUCCUUUCAAGGUUUGAUUUUAUUGGAUUUCUUCUCACUGAAGGCACCUGCAAAAAGGCAGCUGAAGAUUUCUUAUACUGACAUCAUCAUAUUCCUACUUACCAUAUACCUACCUCUGAGAGGAAGAAAGGCUACACUACUCCCUAGAAGAGUCUCCACAGCUCUGUUCUAGAGGCACCCUACACCAAAAUUAAAGCCUGUAUGACCAACAUUCUUUUAAUAAUGAUAAUUUUAAUACCUGAGUGCAGGUAAGUAACCCCUCACCUCCUCCCAGGAAGGCUCAGCAAUAUCCUGUCCCAUUGGAGACUAUUGAAUGGUCACCUUGGUUGGAAAAAGCAGUAAUAAAAUACCAUAAAAUUCUGUAGACACACACAUCAAAUGGUAUUUUAGGCAAAACCCUAGACUUCUUAUCAGCAAUUACUGCUGCCUCUUCACAUAGACACAGGAUAUAGGGAUGAAUCAUGCAGUACUCAAUUUGUCCUUGAUUUUAUGUAGCUCUUACCAACCCCUUAAAAAAAAAAAAAAAAGAAUCUGCAAUGCAGAAGAAUAAAUAACAGAGAUAAAAACUACAGAAAAGCUACAUACACAAGCAUGCCUUUAUAGCCCCAGCUGAGGCAAACACCACUGAUGGGUACUAUCCUCUGAAGCUCUGUUUCUAGCACAAGGUUUCUUCUUCUGGCUGCAGCUUAAUUUUUUAAAAUGCCAAAAUAUAUUUCUCAAAUUUAAGAGUAAAUUCAGUUUUUCUUUUUAUGGUUACUUGAUUUGAAAGGAGAGAUGGUUAACAAAUUUUACAAUGAUCUCAUUAUCAUGUCCCUCACCUCAUCAUCCAAGUCACCUUACAAACCAUAUUUUAAGAGAAAGGAAAUCAGACAGGGGGUUUUUCACAGUAAAUUGAUGAAGUCUUUAACAGCUACUAUCGUCAGCUAUCUUUUUUGCAAGAGUUGGGGAAGUGAAUAUUUCCAUGUAAUUUCUUCCUUGUUGCAAUAAAAUCUUUUCUCGUUUUAUUUUUCCAAGGUAUCUGUAAGAUUAUAUUGCAAAAUUAAAUCAGCUGUAUGAACCUGC